GCACGCCUCGCAGGAGUGGCUGCACUGUAUAUGUCGUGAACAUGCGACGACGGUAGCAGUAGUAGGUAACGAAAUAUGGUGAUGAGGAAUUCGCGCCAAGAACGACAGAGAAUGAGCUUGCAUGUUGCCUUCGCCCUUUCGUGUCCGUUACCGCGCACAAGAGUCGAUCGUGACUGCAACCUCCACUCAAGAAUCUAAAGAUGCCUACCCGUCUUCAUCACAACCGCAAGAAGAGAGGUCACGUCUCUGCCGGUCACGGUCGUGUUGGUAAGCACCGCAAGCAUCCCGGAGGUCGUGGUCUUGCUGGUGGUCAGCACCAUCACCGCAUCAACAUGGAUAAGUACCAUCCCGGAUACUUCGGUAAGGUCGGUAUGCGUCGCUUCCACUUGACUCGCAACGGCCAGCACCGCCCCAUUGUCAACUUGGACACUCUCUGGACCCUCGUCUCCGAGCAGACUCGCAAGAACGCUGUCAAGAACACUGAGGUCGUCCCCGUCAUUGACACUCUCCGUGCUGGAUACGGCAAGGUCCUUGCCAAGGGUCGUCUCCCCGAGCAGCCCGUCAUUGUCAAGGCCCGCUUUGUUUCCCGCGCUGCCGAGCAGAAGAUUAAGGCCGUUGGUGGUGCCGUUCAGUUGGUUGCUUAAAUACGGUAGUCGUCUUUGUUGCCUCAAAUUAGCGGAAUCAGGAGCAAUCCUUCUUCCCUUGCUUGCUCAAGGUUGUAAUAAAUCAUGAAAGAAGAAAUAUCGUGCGCCCUUUCUAUACCAUAUAUGUAUCCAUCAAC